AUGGACGAGUUCAUACACACGCCGCUCGUGAAGCGCACCUGUGCCAAGUGUUCGCGGAAGUGCUCGUGCGACGAUUCGUACGCCCUGUUCUGGAGUCAGCAGGGCGACAGCAUCAAUGUCCUGCGGGCAAUCUGUCUCAACGAUGACGACGAGUUUCGGAGCAUCGAAGUGGCGCCUGCACUUCUGGCCGAUCUUGAACACUGGCGAUCCGAGCACAAGAAGAACAACGCGCUCGGAUGGUGGUUGCCACUCCGCGUCGAAGACAGUGCCAAACUCAAGGAGCCCGUGAAGGCCACGCGCUACAACGUGAAGCCCAUGUUUCUUGCGCUUUCUUCUCUGUUGUUUGUCGAUCUUGUGGCCGUGCACGCCGAGCUUCGCGAUAACGCUUACAUGUUUGCGGUAUUCGGACCCUCGAUCGCCGCAGCUGCUCUUCUCAAGUACGAUGCCUCGUCCGGACCAUGA